UCUUCUGCAUAUGCAAAACAAAUCAUCAUCUUUUCUCAUCUCUUCAUUCUCAGACACAUUUUAAGUUUUCCACACAAAUGGCCCCCCAACUUAGCUUCCCUUGUUUGCUACUUGCCCUUCUCUUCGCCUCUUGCAUUGCCGGCAUGGCCAACCCCACCUAUACUCACCGUUCUCGCGCCAUGGCCUUUGUCGAGGCACAGUGCCGAGCCACGCGUUAUCCUCAACUUUGCGUUCAAUGUCUUUCAGCAAACACGAACUCCACAACCAUACAAAACCCUCAACAGUUGGCACAAUUCGCGUUGACAGUGAGCUUAGCUAAGGCCCGGUACACAACGGCAUACGUGACUAAGGUGGCUGCGGAGCUGAAGCGAAAGAAGGCCAAGGAGUACCAAGUGGUGAAGGAUUGUCUAGAUCAAAUUAAUGAUAGCGUAGACCAGCUUAGCCAAUCGGUUAAAGAGCUUCAGCUGAUCAAUGAAGACGGGGAGGCUAAUUUCUACUGGCGGAUGAGCAAUGUUCAGACUUGGGUUAGCACUGCGCUCACCGACGCGGCAAGCUGCAUCGAGGGGUUCUCGGGACACGCCAUGGGCGGCAAAGUGAAGGCCACGGUCAGAGCCAGGGUCCUGAAUGUGGCACAAGUCACUAGCAAUGCUCUGGCCUUGUUUAAUAGGUUUGCAGCCAGACACAGGGCCACCUCCAAGCCUUGAGCCCAUGGUCCUUAAUUUGUUCAUCUAAGCAUUGUUUUUGUGAUGAAUCACUCUUGCUUUUUUCGUUGUUCUUUAUGUUGAUCAUCUGUUUAGAUAUAUGAUCGAUGGUUAAUUCAAUUUGUGAAUAUGAAGUUUUGUUGUCAAAGUACUGGAUUCAUAGAUGUACUCCAUCUCAAACAUAAUAAAGCUACACUUGACAUGAUGAA